UGAAACUCAGACAGUCGUUGUUUCUGAGAGCUGAAAUGGAGGAGCAGAGAAAUCAGCUGAACCCAGAAAAAUUCUGCUGUUCUAUCUGUCUGGAUCUACUGAAUGAUCCUGUGACCAUUCCCUGUGGACACAGCUACUGUAAAGUCUGCAUUGAAGGACACUGGAAGACAGAAGAUGAGAAGUACAUCUACAGCUGUCCUCAGUGUAGAAAGACCUUCAGACGGAGGCCUGACCUGGAGAAGAACAUUAUGCUGGCAGAUCUAGUGGAGGAGCUGAAGAAGACCAGACUCCAAGCUGCUCCUGCUGAUCACUGCUAUGCUGGAGCUGAAGACGUGGCCUGUGAUGUCUGCACUGGGAGGAAACUGAAAUCUGUCAAGUCCUGUUUGGUUUGUUUGGCCUCUUACUGUGAAGAACACCUCCAGCCUCAUUAUCAAUCACCUCCAUUAAAGAAACACAAGCUGGUGGAGCCCUCCAAGAACCUCCAGGAGAACAUCUGCUCUGUUCAUGAUGAGGUGAUGAAGAUGUUCUGUCGCACCGAUCAGCAGUGUAUCUGUUAUCUCUGCUCUGUGGAUCAACAUAAGGGUCACGACACAGUGACAGCUGCAGCAGAGAGGACACAGAGACAGAGAGAGGUGGAGCUGAGUCUACAAGAAAUCCAGCAGAGAGUCCAGGACAGAGAGAAAGAUCUGAAGGAGCUUCAACAGGAGGUGGAGGCUGUCAAUGUCUCUGCUGAUAAAGCAGUGGAGGACAGUGGGAAGAUCUUCACUGAGAUGAUCCGUCUCCUGGAGAAAAGAUCUUCUGAUGUGAAGCAGCAGAUCAGAUCCACGCAGGAAAGAGAAGUCCGUGAGGUCAGAGAUGUUGAGGUGAAGCUGCAGCAGGAGAUCACUGAGCUGAAGCGGAAAGAGGCUGAACUGAAGCAGCUCUCACACACACAGGAUCACAACCAGUUUCUCCUCAACUGUCCCUCACUGUCAGCACUCAGACCAUCUCCACACUCAUCCAGCAUCAACGUCCGUCCUCUGAGACACUUUGAGGACGUGACAGAGGCCGUGUCAAAGGUCAGAGGUCGACUACAGGACCUUCUGACUGACACCUGGACUGAGAUCUCAAAGGCACCAGGACCAGAACCACAGACCAGAGCUGAGUUCUUACAAUAUUCUCAGGAAAUCAAACUGGAUCCAAACACAGCACAGAGACGUCUGUUAUUAUCUGAGGGAAACAGAAAAGUAACAGUGAUGAAUGAAGAUCAGAUUUAUCCUCCUCAUCCAGACAGAUUCACUUUUUAUCCUCAGGUCCUGAGUAGAGAGAGUCUGACUGGACGUUGUUACUGGGAGGUGGAGUGGAGAGAAGGAGGAGUGUUUGGAGGAGUUAUUGUAGCAGUGACAUACAAGGAUAUCAAC